AUGGCCGACGACAAAAUGGAUCCCAAUCUAAUACCUGCACCUGCCCUUGCCGAUGAUGGCGGGACUCCUGCGCUGUUCAGCGAGGUUACCUUCUACAUAGUCGAGAGCCCGGAACUUGUACAUGAAGCUGCCCGAGAGAUCGCCCGGAUGCUCAUUGAAAAUGGUGCUCUGGAAUCCAAACCUCUUGGAACAGGCUCUGCGAUGCAACUGGACUUGCAAGAGAUUACUCACAUCAUAUCCUCCACAAUUGAUUUUCCUGACUACUCAGAGGUUGAGGGUCUUAUGAUCCCAGUGGUUAAACCGGAAUGGGUAAACUUCUCAAUACAGAAGAACCGUAUCGCUCAUGUGCGCCCAUACACCCCUGACCCUAGAUUUUUCCUUUGUGGAAUCAUUGCUACAAUUGCGGAGCUACCGGUUGGUGACAAGGAGGCAAUCUGCGGAGGGAUAAUUGCUAUGGGUGGGCAGUAUGGCAGCAACUUGACAAAGUUUACAACUCACAUAGUCGCAUUGAAUAUGGACAAUGAGAAAUGCAGACAAGCUGUAGCUAAGAGGAUGUCGAUUAAAAUUGUUUUACCGCAUUGGUUCGAUGAUUGUCUUAAGCUCGGGCGUCGCAUUGAUGAAGCACCCUAUCUCCUCCCGAAUCCUGAAAUUGAACGAGUUGCCAACUUUGAACCAAUGCCCCUACCAAAAGGCCCCGACCUGACCUAUAGCCAUGCUCAUGACGGGGGGGCAAUGGCUCUUGACCCUCCAUCUCCGAAGCGCAGCUCGUCGGUGUUUGAACGCAAGAAGAUUCGAUUGGGCGAAGACUUGGAAUUGAGCCCGAGGCUGAAGUCAGUUAUAGCUACUGUUAUUGUUCAAAUGAAGGGCGAGGUUGUGGACAAAGUGGAGGAUGCCGAUAUAUAUGUUGGCCAGUUCCGAGGUGGAGAGGAAUAUCUAGAAGCGAGCCAUGUAGGCAUCCAUGUAGGCAGCCUAACUUGGCUGUAUUGGAUUUGUGCGCAUGGAAGAUGGACUUCUCCUCUGGCCAAGUUGCUUCACUAUCCACUCGUUAGAGGCGGGCUGCCCGGGAUGGAGAAAUUUAAAAUAACUGUGUCCAAUUAUGGCGGAGAUGCUCGGCUCUACCUGGAGAACCUGAUUGAAGCCUGCGGAGCCAAGUUUACGAAAUCGAUGAAGACUGAGAAUACGCAUCUUAUUACGGCAAGGAGCCAUAGUGAAAAAUGCCAGGCAGCGAGAGAGUGGAAUAUUGACAUGGUCAAUCAUUUAUGGCUCGAAGAAUCCUACGCUAAGUGGGAGAUUCAAAGCGUAACGAACCCAAGAUAUACCCACUUUCCGGCCCGCACCAACCUCAUGGAGGUUGUUGGCCAAACCCCAAUGGAUGUAAAAGCACUUGAGCAGUUUUACAUGAAUGAUGAUGAUCUGAUGAGCGUGGAUGAGGGUAGUGGACCUGCCGCCAACGGAAAACGACCCAAAUCCACUCCACGGGUAAAAGCUAUUAAUAAACGCACCUCGCUUAACAAUACAUCGACUCCUUCAAGAUGGUCCAAUGAUGAACUCUCUGGCCCAUCUCCCUCCAUCUCGGGAAGUGGGCGAAAGGCGAAGGAGCAAGCUGCUGCAAGGCUUCAUGACCAGAUAAUGCCCGAUUUGAUGCAGUAUGAGAAAGAACAGAAGAGAAAGGGAGGGAUUCUGGGCGGAGGGCGUAUACGCAGGAGUAAGAGCCCAGCUGAUGAGAGGACAAGGAAGCGAACGGUAUCAAUGGGCGUCGAUAGUACCGACGAGGACUCCAGGACUGAUAACAAAAAGCAAAAAAAGCGCCCACGGCCUACUGUUUAUCUACUUAUGACUGCAUACCGGGAUUGGGUUAAUCAACCACACAGAGAAGAUACUGAUAGGAAAGCGCUUGCCGAUCUAGGCAUUCAAUGUGUCAAUGAUCCUACGACAUGCACACACCUCGCAGCGCCCCACAUCGUACGAACCGAAAAGUUUUGCUGCGCUCUGGCGAAAGCACCAAUCAUCGUUUCCACGGAAUGGCCAAAGGCAUGCCUCAAAGAGGAGAAAAUCGUGGACACCGAACCAUACCUCCUCCACGACUCUGACGGCGAGAGGAGACUCUCUAUGAGUCUUUCACAAUCUCUGGAACGUGCAAGGAAGAACAAGGGUCAACUUUUACAAGGCCAGAUUAUUUAUGUUACUCCGGGUGUUCAUGGAGGCUUUGAGACCUAUCGCAAGAUCGUGGAGGCCAACGGAGGCGUCUGCCUUUUAUUCCGUGGUCCCGCAAAGCGAGCGACCAACUUACCCGAUAGUGACACUCUGGUUCUUCUGAGCGGAGAUGACGCUGCCGAUAGGAGGUUUUGGAAUCCUUUCCUCAAAAUGGCUAGGACUAAGGAGAAAGAGGCGGUGGUUUACAGAGCAGAUUGGCUACUAGACCUAGCAAUGACCCAGAAAAUAGAGUGGACGGAGAGGUACAAAUUCCCUGAGUAA